UGUUGACGAAAAUCGGGGGGUCUCUGACGAUGUAUGCGGUGUCUUCACUUUUGUGUUUAUUUUCAAUGUCACUACAGGAAUCAAUUAGAUUUUAGCUCCAGAGUGAAGUACAACUUAGUCAAUUCUACGAUUGUUUUGUUCCGAGCGCCUAUAAUUGCCAGGAGCGGGUGUUUGUUUUGUCCUCUUCGAAUUUUGCUCGCGGACUUAUAUCAAAAUGGCGUCCGUUUUUCGAAAACUGGUUAGACGUGAAUCACGCAAUGGAGAGGGUAGCGACAAGAAUGGGUGUAAAUCAAAGGGAAACUCAGACCUUAAGAACGAAAGAAAGGAUGGGGAAUUUAGCAAUCUAACUCAAGAGAGCAAUACAGAAACAAGACACCUGAAUUCUUUGCCGGCGAAAACCACAGGGAGUAAUGGUGUGAAAACAAAUGAUGUAAAUGAAAUGUCUUCCUCUCAUGCUCAAAGGGUCCGAGCAAAGCGACUCAUGAAAGAAUUUCACGAUGUAACUGUGCGUUGUGACAACAAAUUGUUUUCAGCAGAACUAGUGGAAGAUAAUCUUUACGAAUGGAAUGUGAAAUUAUACAAAAUCGACACAGAUAGUUUGCUUUAUAGGGAUAUGGUUGAAACCGGAACCAAGUUCAUUCUAUUGAAUAUUACAUUUCCCGAUAAUUUUCCCUUCGCGCCUCCGUUCAUGCGAGUUUCUGCACCGCGAAUCGAAGGAGGCUUCGUUUUAGAUGGUGGGGCGAUCUGUAUGGAGUUAUUAACUCCCAAAGGAUGGAGCAGUGCAUACACAGUAGAGGCAAUAGUGUUGCAGUUCUCUGCUGCCGUUGUGAAAGGUCAAGGACGCAUCGACCGAUCAACUAAAAAGGCAUUCUCUAAGAAAGAGGCAGAAUCUGCCUAUAAACGAUUAGUGAAGACGCAUGAGAAAUAUGGCUGGGUAACACCACCGAAAUCAGAAGGUUAGAGGUGUUAGAAAUUUUGUGGUCAAUCCAGAGGCGGUAUCUCUAAUGGAUCCUACUGAAUCAAGAACGGCUUAUUUUCAAUUCACAAAAUUUCUCUCUAAAUCGCUGUUGUUGUUUGCUGGUCAGUAACAUACAUUCUACAUCAGGCUGAUUUUAAAUGAAGUUUGUGCUCAUUGAAUCACUCAGAAUUAAAUAAUUGUCAAUUGGAUGAGGUUUUCUAGUGAUUCAUAAAUUCCUUUAUUUUUAACGAACAACUCAUGACUGAAUGGUGAAUGCUGAAAAACAGAAAAAUCAUGUCUCAUUUACACAUUUUGAACCAACUCACGCCUCAUGGCACACCACAUUUUCAAGUUGGGUUACAAGGAGAUUUUUUUGAUGAAUUCUAUGUAGAGGAAGUGGAUCAAUUGGGAAUUCAGUGGUGGAAAAGGCAUUGAACAAAAGUUUCAUUUACUGUAAGCCUUUUGUUUCUCUAAAAGUGCAACCUUUUAAUGUGUGCUCAAUUAAAAACAGAAUGUAAAAAGUUAUACCCAAGUAAAGUUCUAACAAUGAAUAGGCAAAAUUUUCUGGUCAUAAAGCAACCAGCCAUUAAUAUGUAAAUAUACCAUGGCAUUUCAGUGACAGUUCAUUUUCUUCCAUUUUGUUGAAUCCGUAUUGCGGUUCACAUAGCACUGUUAUUUUUCUCUUCGUAUUAGGAGAAUGUGUUGUGUUUUGUGAAAUCCCUUGAAAAUUAAACUGAUGUUAAAUUAGACAAAAUAUGAACUGGCAAGCUAUUAAAAAUAAUAAAUGCAUUUGGCUUUCAUUGUGGUAUGGAUAAGUUAUUACAAACAUUAAAUUGCCACCUGCACCAAAGAAUACAAUGGCUUUAUGUACUGCUUUUUUUAUAUCAUCAAGUAGAAAUAACACAAACUUGACUAGAUCUGGAAAUAUAAAUCACUGCAGAAACUAUUUCAAGUAACAAAAUCAAUGCUCAGAAUCAUAAACCACAUGACACUGUCAAAUCAGGUGAUGUAAGUUACAUUGAGAGUGUUUUAUUGUAGUCAGAUGUGUUAAUGGAUGUAAUUACCAUGUUUCAUUCUGUUAAGCCAGGGCAUGAAUUAGGAGAAUGAUAAGUAUUGUUAAUUAUUAGGUAUGAGUGCUUUGGAAAGUCUUUGUAAUUCAAAUUUCUUUCUACUGGAAAAGCUCUUAUAAGCAAUUCAAUUUAUGUUUUUUUUUUUCACAUAGAUUACAUAUGGUUACUGUUAAUGGGUGGUUUGGGAAAUGCCCACUGGGAAUAGAGUAAACACAUUUUAUUGACAAUUAAAUAUUAAACAAAAUUCUAAUUCCUUGUUCAGGAAAUCAUUUCUUUUGCAACCUUAAAAAUCUAUCCAAAUAUUUUCAAGUUUGCCAUUGGAAAUUCUUGUUUAGUGAAGUAUACCAUCUAUACCCAUACUCAUUCAUUUUUUUUGUCUUCUUACCUUUCUGGAAAUUUCUUUCUUAUAAAACUAUUAUUUUAAGGAGUGUCAUUCAUUAAAGGUAAUGUUUUAUGGCUUUGUAGCAUGAAAAUUUUAAGGGUGUCCUUGUUCUGCUGAAAACUUGUUCUCAAAAAUUGAAAUACUUUGAAAUUUAUGAGAACAAGUCAAAUGAAAAACUUCACUUACAAACAAAGUGUCACUCUAUUCUUCAUAGCAGAACUUUACAAACUAUCUGUUCAUGAAUCCACUAUAAAUAUGUAGUUUCCCUAUGAACAACUUGACAAGUUUGAAAAUAUGAACAUAUAAUAUUUCUUUCCAUGGAAUCUACUGCCUGGAUUUAAAAUCACAAACAUAAGUUCCUAGCUGAAAUUUCAGUUUUCUUGAAGCACAAAAAUUUGUGGCUACAAAGGACUAAAAUGUCACCAAGCUGCAAAAUUAAUUUCACCUCAAUUUCAUGCUACUUGGUUCACAUAAUAGACUCUAAAUUCAAACUUCAUUGAGAUAUUUCCUUUAAAGUUUGCUUCUCAUUCUUGUGUCAUUUUAUUGCUUGAUUCUAGUUAUGGUCAACAUUAACUGUAUAGUUUUGAUGCCAAAAAAACUCACCCAAACAAAAAUGACCUGUGAGUCAUUUGUAUAUAAUUUCUUUUUAUUAUAGUCAAUAGACGUUGAACUGCAAUUAUUAUGAUUAGAACAAAUUUUCUGUUUAUUUUCCUGUCAGACUCUUGGGAACCAAAUAAAGGAAUUUAUUUUAAAGUCA